AUGAUCAGAGAAGGCUGUCCAAGUGUUUGGCUUGGACAAUGUCAUGAUCGACAGCGUGUGAUUCUUAAGGAAGCACGCGAUGAUGAUGCUUUUGAUCGUGAAUUCAAUCUCCUUAAUGGGUGCCUUCGCAGCCACGCCUCAUUUCGACAAAUGGUUGACGUUAUUCCUGAUCAGAAGAUCACAGUACAUGAAUAUCUCGACGAAAAUCUUCACCAUGUUUUGUACUCGCGGCCGCAAGAAAAGCUCGAAGAACAAGAAGUCAAAAGGGUGGCCAAAAUCGUGCUUAAGGGACUAGUGACAAUGCAUGAGAGAAAUUUUGCGCAUACAGAUAUCAGGUCUGACAAUAUCGUCGUCGACUUCGACCAGCACGGCUCAUUUAGCAGGAUCAAAGUGAUAGACUUGGGUGAUUCUCUCGAAUUGACGCCAACUACGCACCAUGAAUUCAGUCAUCCUUCUUACCGCCCAUCUGAGAGUCUGUUCGGAAUGCCAUGGACAACGAAUGUGGAUCUGUGGGCUCUUGGUACGUUGAUAAUGUGGGGACUUACCGGAGCAAGGAUGUUCAGUCCGCCAGAGCUAGAUGAAAAGGACGAGAUGUAUACCAUCAUGGUUCUUGCGCUCCAAUGUGCAUACUUUGGACCUUUCCCUGACAAGUAUGUGGAACUCGCUGAGCAACUCACGAUGGAACAUCUUCAUUCUAUGGAGGGAUAUGUCACGCAGCGAGGAGGUAGAAGGAGACAUAGACAUACACUUGCUGUCAAUAUGAGUAAAGAGACCAUAACUUUCCUCGACAAGUUCAUGAAGCUCGACCCGAGAGAUCGCCCCUCAGCUAAAGAGCUUCUUCAGGACCAAUGGUUUUCGGGGGUGGUGGGCUGA